AUGCCGAUCGCACACAUGAGCAUCAAUGUCGCCGACUUCGACGCAGCCAAAGCUUUCUAUAGCGCCGCGCUCGCUCCACUCAACUACAAAGUAACCAUGGAAUUCCCUGGCUCCGUCGGAUUUGGGGUCCCUGGCGACAAGUCGGAUUUCUUUCUUGUUUCCAGCAAGGGACAGAAAGUACAGCCGGUGCAUACGGCGUUUUUGGGGCAGAGUGAAGAGAUGGUUCAGCAGUUCCAUACUGCUUCUUUCAAAGGAGGCGAGGCUAAAUAG